UUACAAAUAUUUAACUGUAUAUUUAAAACAAUUUUCGACAAUCUGUCGGCAUCUAUGUGCUUUAGCAAUACUAGAGUUAGAUAUAUCAAAAGUCCAACCCCCUCCCCCUAUUCCCGUCAUCAUUAUAAGAAUACUAAUAGUGCACAUGAGCAAUGAGAAAUUAAAGAAUGUCUGCUUCUAUAUCUUGAUACAUUAUAGAUUCCAUCUCGAAUGCAUCGUCAGCAACUACGAGAAACAUUCACUUCCCCUUGAUGACCCCUCCUCGCGUUCAUCCACCACCGCCACCAUCACCAUCAUCGCCUUCAUCCGGGCCUUCACCAUCACCACACUUUUCCUUCGUCUCACCGAGGGACGUGUUCCUCGCCCCGCCCAGAACACAUCGACGCCGACAACGGACAACGUUCAAUGCGGAGAUGCUCGACGUCCUCGAGACGGCCUUCGCUCGCACGCCCUACCCAGAUAUCUCUCUCAGAGAAGAACUAGCGAGGGUCGUGCAGCUCAACGAGUCAAGAAUCCAGGUUUGGUUUCAAAACCGGAGAGCCAAACAGCGCAAGUUAUCUCGACAAGCUUUUCUUCACCACCAUCACCAACAUCACCAGGCCGCUCGGUCCACGUCAUCUUCGCACAGGCGCUCUCCGCCCUCGACCACGCCCUCGGCGACUACGCCCAUUGCUAACCUUACCUCCACCAAUGGGACGAUGACAUUGGCUAAUCGCAAUGAUUCAGAUGAUGAUAAGGAGUGCGCCUAUAUUAACAUUCAUCAAAAAUCGACUUCGCAGUCAUAUUCGUCAUAUUGAUUAACAGACCUUAAUACACAAUACUUGCAGGGGACAUCUUGAAAAUGCUUUCUGCUAGAAAAUAAUUGUUUUCAUAGCAUCAUUACAACGUUGUCUAUAUUUUUGUUUUUCAUAUUUUAUUAAAAAUGAGAUCAAUGCCACAUGAAUGUAAGUAUGACCAGAUAUGGCUCUUAAGUUUCUGAUUCACUUAAUUGUUUCUAGUUUUAAAACUAUUUUACAAAAUAAAUAAUACAGACAAAAUGAUAUUGUCAGAAGGUGAGUACCUCAUAUCAAGUUGUUUGCAUGUACACAUAAUUAAAAAAGUUGUUGGCAUGUAGUACUAAUUGAAUGAAAAGACUGAACUAAAUGAAGAGUGUAAUAUGGAAAACUACGGUAACAGCAAUAUGGUGAAAGCUACGCUUGUAGGAACGAGCGAUCCAUGAUUCACUAAAUAUUGAAAUCACGGUAUUAGAAAAUUAAUGUACGUCAUGACAACAGUUACAAUAACAACAACAAAAACUUCAGGAAAAAAGAAUAUGAAUGAAUGUAUACCAUUCUGUUCUUUUA